UAGUGCAGGUGUUGAGUGUGUGAUCAUACAGGUUAUGCAAGUAGUGAGAGGAUCGGCUAAACACCGCCCAUCAGGUGUGUGCAGGCGGAGUGUGACUCACUAUUUCACCACCGAAGAGGAAAGACCCAGGAGAGACAAGGCGUUUGAUUCUUUCACCCCGACUGUUUGCAUUGGGUUUUUUUCCCUCCAUGUGUGCAGCGUGUUAACCUACAUGACGCGACUCUCACACAGGAUCUAACCAACGACCCGAAUAAAUGUUUAAUUAUUAUCCCAUGUGUCGGAUAUGGCCUCUGCUUCUCAUGGGAGGACUCCUGCUGCCAGGGUUGCAACAUGUCAGUGGAAUAGAAGUCUACACUCCAGGCGAAGUGGAGGCAGCCAACGGGACAGAUGUGAAACUGAAGUGCACCUUCACCUCCAGUCACCCGUUGUCGCCCCAGUCGGUCACAGUGUCAUGGAACUUCAGGCCCAUUAUCCCAGGAUCAGAUGAGUCGGUGUUUUACUACCAGGGGAUACCGUACCCUCCACUGGAAGGGCGUUUUAAAGGCCAUGCAGUGUGGUCGGGGGAUAUAACGAGAGGGGACGCCUCCAUCACCCUGCAUGAGGUGCCUCCGACCUUUAACGGUACCUUCGUCUGCCAGGUGCGCAACCUUCCAGAUGUGCACGGCAAAAACGGAGAGAUCACCUUCAGAGUUGUCGACAAAGUUACUUUCUCUGACAUCAGCAUCCUGGCGAUCAUCAUCGGAUCCGCCUGUGGCGUAAUCCUACUCCUCUUCGCUAUCUUUGUGGCGGUGAGGUUUUACAGGAGACGGGGCAUGGAAAACGACAUCGAGCUGCGCCCACGGGAUCAAGAGUGGAAGGACCCGACCGUGUGUACACUGGAAGAGGCAGUUCAUCUGAAAGUUGUGGAGAAGAAGAAAGAAGCCGAAAGUUCAGAUGAUGAAGAGUCUGAGCCCAGCAGCGGCGAUGACGAUGAGGAAGAGGACGAAGAAGAGGAUGACGAUGACGACGAUGACGAUGAUGAUGACGACGACGAUGACGAUGAUUAAAUUGCGAUUGAUGAUUCAUUGUCCACAUGUAAUUUAUUAUAUGUCAAAAAGAGUAUUUGCCUUGUACUCCUGUAACACUGACAGACAGUUUUAAAAGAUGGAACAAAUUCAAUACAGCAGCUUUUUUCUGCCCUUUCUUCUUCCCUGUCAAAACCGACAUUACCCACGAUGCAAUUAGAACACUGACAGUUUUGUUGGCAGAUGCUAAUUGCUAAGGUCAGCAGCGGGGUACUUUAAUUCUACGUUUCAUACUCUUCGGACCAAACCAACACCGACUCAAGUGAGAACAUGAGAACAUUUUUUGAAUUUCACACAGUUCUCACAGCAACAUGGGGCUUUACACAACUUUAUAUAGUAUUACUCAUAAAAUCACUGGAGCUCCCCUCUUUUCUUUGCCUGUUGUAUGGAUGUGGAUUGAUGGAUGAUUCUUUUGUACAUGCACUGCACUGUAACUUUGCUUGUUAGUGCUAAUUUGACUGUUUCCAUAGAGCUGCUCUUGGAAAAAAAAUGUAUUGUCUCAGAUCAAUGAGAAAACGAACUAUAGAUUCAGCCAGUUUAAUUUAGUUCAUUGUGAACACUCACACACAGACACACACAUUGAAUGUGUAUCUGCUCCACUGCCACAACAGGCCUUCCUGCUGCUCGCUUCCCGAAAGCACCGGCUGAGAGUAGACAAAGCCAAAGUUUUUUUUAAGGCUAUAUCUUUUAACUGUGUUUUGUGUCUUUACAGAGGAUUUGAUGUGUUUCUGGAAAAGAAAUGAGAGAAUGGGUGUUUUAGCUUCCAGAAAAUCCAGAGUGAGACGUAUGAGUGAUGAGUUGUUUACUGCCUUGGCAACGCUGAUUUUGUAUUUUGAUCCUGUACAUAAUGUAAAAUAAGCAGAACUUUACACUUUUUUUAAAAUCACAUCCUAAAAUGUUUGUCACCAAAUGUCUCUGUUUAAACACUGAAUAAUAAAAUGACUACUUUUGA